UUUCCCCUUUUUUUUUUUUUUGCAAGACUGCCUAGCUCAGCUGAAGGACUCGGGGCAGUCGGAGAAACUUCAGAAGAAGGAUAAAAGUUUUGGAGGGGACUCCCAGCAAGUUCUGGGCGCCGUUUGGCGAAAGCAGCCCUUUCUGCAAAGUUAAGGGUACUGCAUGAAACAGAACUGACAGCCAUGAUGCCUGCUUUCUUUUGGAAGAUGCUAGUCUUCUUGGUCCUCUUCCUCACAAGUGUGAAAGAAAUCAGCUCCCUGGAAAUUACUCCCAGUGCCCAUGAAGUUGUCCUCAAUCUCUACACUGAUUUUACCCUGAAAUGUUCAGGCCAGAACGAGGUUAUCUGGAAAACGGACAACAAGCAAACCAAAUUAGACACUGUCCUGGAGAAAAAGGGCACCAUUUUUACCAACACCCUCACGUUAAGGAACUUGACUGGUUUGAACACAGGUGAAUAUUCCUGUACCGACGAUCAACCCCUGGAUGGAAAGGCCAUCUACGUUUUUGUACCAGAUCUCUCCGUGCCUUUCCUAUCAAGCCCCCAGGAAGACACCUUUGUGUUCAGCACAGGCUAUGAAGAAGUCAUUAUUCCUUGCCGCGUGACAAACCCCAAUGCCACGGUCUCUCUUCAUGAAAAGAGGGUUAAUGAUCCAGUCCCGGGAAUGUAUUUUCCACAGCAAGGCUUUAAAGGGCACUUUGAAGACAAGGCCUACAUCUGCAAGGCAACGAUAGAAGAUGAAGAGUUUGAGUCUGAAACAUUCUAUGUCUACAAUCUCCAAGUUCCCUAUCCUACAUCCUUCAUCAAUGUUUCUAUCAGUGCAGUGCAAACUAUUUUGAAACAAGGUGAAAAUAUCGUUGUGACAUGUGCAGUAAGUGGCAUUGAGUUGAUCAGUUAUAUCUGGAGUUAUCCUGGACAGAUGGUAGGCAAGGAGAUAAAACCCAUGACACAUAUUGUUCCAGGAGUCAAACAUUAUACUAGUUCCAUCCUAACCAUCCCAAAUGCAGACUUGAAUGAUCAAGGUCUAUAUAUAUGUGAGGCCAAAGACACGUAUUAUGGAGAAAAACAAAAAGAAAGUAUCUUUAUCAGAGUGAUUGAGCGUGGCUUUGUGACUUUUCACACUGUUCUGAAUGAGACCGUAUUUGCAGAACUCCACAAAAGUCACACCUUUUUGAUACAGAUCGAAGCCUAUCCAACUCCAACCAUCAUCUGGUUUCAGAAUAACAAGCCCUUGACUUCUGAGAGCAACAGUGAUUUUGCUAUCAACAGCAAGAAUUUGUCAGAAACCAGGUAUCAAACUACUCUGACCCUCGUAAGGGUGAAAGCAAGUGAGGGAGGUUUGUACACUAUCCGAGCAUUUCACGAAGAUGACUUAAAAGAGCUCUCCUUUAAUUUGCAGAUUAAUGUCCCAGCUACAGUGACUGAACUGAGAGACAGUAGCAACAAAACAAAUGGUGAGCAAACAGUGAUCUGUACUACAGAAGGAAUGCCCCAACCAGAGGUUACCUGGUAUACCUGUAAUAAUGACAAAUGGUGUGCGGGAAAAACUACUAAGAUCCUGGGAAACACCUCAGAAGAAAUGAAUCUGCAAACAAAUUUCACUUAUGAAGAUGACCGAAAAGUAUACGUUGUGACAAGCAAGCUCCACUUUCACAGAGUAGAUGAGCCUAUCUUUAUCCAAUGUGCAGCUCAAAAUGUACUUGGUGCACACACUCAACAAAUCACCCUGGUUCCAUACAAUCUAUCUUUUAAAGUGAUCGUUAUUUCAGUAAUCGUGGCUUUUGUGAUUCUCAUGGUUCUUUUCCUGGUGAUCCUCAUUUUGUUGUGGCGAAAAAAGCCUCGAUAUGAAAUUCGCUGGAAGGUGAUUGAGUCCGUCAGCUCUGAUGGGCAUGAAUAUAUCUACGUGGACCCUAUGCAACUGCCUUAUGAUUCCAGCUGGGAGGUCCCAAGGGACAGGCUGGUUUUAGGACGUACAUUGGGCUCUGGAGCCUUUGGCCGUGUGGUGGAAGCAAUUGCUCACAGCCUCAGCCAUUCCCAGUCUACCAUGAGAGUUGCUGUGAAAAUGCUCAAGUCCACAGCCCGAAGCAGUGAAAAGCAGGCUCUGAUGUCAGAACUGAAGAUCAUGAGCCACCUUGGGCCCCACUUGAACAUUGUGAACUUGCUUGGUGCUUGCACCAAAGGAGGUCCCAUCUACAUCAUAACUGAAUAUUGUCGCAACGGAGACCUGGUGGACUAUCUACACAGGAACAAGCAUACUUUCCUGCAGUGCUACAGUGAGAAGGCCAAGCAAGAAGCAGAAUUGUAUGGGAAUGGCAUGCGUGUGGACCGGCUGCAGAGUCAUACAUCCGUAUCCGUAGAAAGUGAUGGGGGCUACAUGGACAUGAGUAAGGAUGAAUCACUGGAUUAUGUGCCCAUGUCUGACAUGAAGGGUGAAAUCAAGUAUGUAGACAUUGAUUCUUCCAACUACGGCGCGACAUAUGAGCUGGACAGUUAUUCGCCUUCAGCUUCAGAAAAAGCGACCUUGAUCAGCGAGUCUCCUCUCCUCAGCUAUAUUGAUCUUGUUGGAGUUGGCUUCCAAGUGGCUAAGGGAAUGGAGUUCUUAGCUUCUAAAAACUGUGUGCACCGUGAUCUGGCUGCAAGAAACGUACUGAUCUGCGAAGGGAAACUGGUGAAGAUCUGUGACUUUGGCCUAGCCAGGGACAUCAUGCGGGAUUCAAAUUAUAUUUCCAAAGGAAAUACCUUCUUGCCUUUGAAAUGGAUGGCCCCUGAGAGCAUCUUCAACAACCUCUACACUACCUUAAGUGAUGUGUGGUCUUUCGGGAUUCUUCUAUGGGAAAUAUUCACUCUAGGUGGGACUCCAUAUCCUGAACUGCCUAUGAAUGAGCAAUUCUAUAAUGCUAUUAAACGUGGCUACCGGAUGUCCAAACCUACCCAUGCAUCCAAUGAAAUCUAUGAAAUUAUGCAGAAAUGCUGGGAAGAGAAGUUUGAGAUUCGACCUUCUUUCUCUCAACUGGUACUUCUUAUGGGGAACCUGCUAACAGACAGCUAUAAGAAGAAGUAUCAACAGGUCAAUGAAGAGUUCCUGAAAAGUGAUCACCCUGCUAUUAUGCGUACAAGGCCCAGGAACACAGGAUUCAGUCCUUCUAGGUCCACUGCAAGUGACAGUGUCAGUUCAAGUUCUGUCCUCUAUACAGCUGUGGAGCAGGAUGGAGUGGACAACGAUUACAUCAUUCCUUUACCUGAUCCUAAACCAGAGGGAGACAAUAAUAACCCCCCGGAGGCCUCUAGCAGCAGAGCAAGUUCAACCCUGAAUGAAGCAAACACUUCAUCUACUAUAUCUUGUGACAGUCCUUUAGCCCCCGAGCAAGAAGAAGAACAAGCAUCUGAAUUAAAAUCAGAUUGCUAGGGUUACCAGUGCUCUGUGUUCCUGUAUAUGCUAGUACUGGGGAAUUCCACCCAAUGGGAAAACGUGCAUAUCCCCUUUCAUUCAAUCAUAUCAAAAUGCAGUUGCAGCUUGUCCCUCCUUCAUCUGUAACCUAAAACAGAAGCCUGGAAUUAUCGAAAGAGGUCUUUUCUGAGACCAGGAGUAUCAGAAUAGGACCGCAGACUAAAUCAGAACAAUUCAAGUCAGUAUUGUGUGAUAAUUCAUUGUGGCUUCUGAACUGGGAUUAUGCUUUUUUUCAACCUUUAAUUCAGAAUUUGCUCUUCGUCACAGUAUGCAUUGGUUCAUCAUCAUGUUUCCACCUGCUAAAUCAGAAUAUCAGAAGAAAAUCUAUGACAUAUUAUCUUCACUUAAUAGCCACAAUAAUUUCUGGAUGAACCGGCUCUCCCCGUCACAAAAGCACGUCUCCCACAAGGUCAAGCAAAAGAGUCUACCAGGUUCAAUUGGGACAAAUCAAAUGCCUUUUGAUUCUUGCAACUUUACUUGACCGUUACUCGCUUACUGGAUUAUCAAGUGAUGCUUUUAAAAAUGUAUCCUUAGAAAGGAGAGAAAAUGGGCAAAUGGACUGGUAAAAUCCAGUGGAGAAACGCUCGAGACUCAGAAAAGUUUGGUCCAUUGUUUAAGAUUUAUAAUUACUGAACUUCAAGCUCAGACAUUUAAGCUGGAGCCUGCCUUUCUUCUUAAAUCUCCCACGUCUUUCAUUACAGCAUUCCAAGGUAAAUGCUGAUUCCGCAGCAGCCCAGGCAGUAGCUGAGGCCAGUAGCUAAAGCAGCAUUUUUUGUGAAGAAAAAAAAAAAAUACAGAGUGCAUGGAGACUCAUCUAAAGAUUCAGCCGAGGGAUCAAAAGGAACAAUCAAUGUUACAUUUCCAGCAGACUGCCUUUUCAUUGGAUGAAAUGAAGAGAUUAAAAAGGAACGCUUGGGUUUAUCCAAGACCGUAAGAGGAUGAAAAAUGGAUCAUACAUUUUUUCCUCUUUCUGCUUGUGCACUUUGUAAGCAAAAAGCCUCACUGCCUAAUUGGCAGCUAUAUCUUUGGUUUAUUUCAGAGGGUUAUUAGUAACUGCCAUUGUAUUCUGUUGGAUCCUAGAGGUAUUCAGUUGAAACGGAUAGAUCUUGGAAAAUAUGGUUGGAUCUAAUUGGUCUUUGAUGGGACUUUUAACAACUAAUACAAAAUUCUAAGGCUGUAGGGCUGGUUGGGAACUUGAAAAACUUUCCCAGGAUGCAGAAAUAAUGUUAUUGUGGCCAGUUAUUUCUAGCAAUUGGACUUCAUUAUCAUUAUUUAGUCUUUCUGAGGCUGGAGACAGCACUUAAUAACUUUGGGCUGCAAUAUCCACUGCCCAAAAUACCCUUCCAGCAUGCUCAAAAGUGGAUCUACUUACUAUGCAGAAAAAUCUAGGAGAUUUAGGUUCCGUACCAGUUCCUAUGUGUCUUACCCUACAUAAAUUGGAGUCUCCCACCAUUCAUUUAGUGCCCUAUCUGUAAUAAUAUGGCACAAUGAUGAGGAUUGCUUUGGCUGUGGCUGCCAUCUUGCCUUUUUUAAUCCACUGACGAUACCUCGGUACUCCCCAUUGGCUGCUACUUAGGUUUAAUGAGCAGGCAGAUGAAAUGCUUUUGCGCAUUUCAUGUCUCCUUUGCUCUGCACAAUGCAAACAUGUAUUCCAGUUUUGCUUCACUCAGAAAGCAACUUAUUAUAAAAAAGCUUUUUAAAAAAUUCUAGUGUCCUCUUUUCUACCAGAGGUAAUUCUAAAGUGCCUCAUUAUCCUCUUUAAAAAAAAAAUUUAGCUACUUUUAAUCACAUUGUAUUAAUAGUAGAACAGGUAUAUUAUAUACCUAUAGUUAGAGUAUGUGUGCGUGUGUAUCAUACAGAUAGAUAGGAGGGUAUAUAUAGCGAUUAUUUUCCUCUGGUCGAUCGAUUUAACAAUUUUCCAUUUUUGAAAUAAUAUUCAUAUUUACCUCCUUAGUUUUUCUGAGCGUUAUAUUUGGGGUUGGUUUUUUUUAAGGCACAGUCAGAGUAUUUGUUAUAAACAUUUAGUUGAUGUGGCAAAAAUAGAGUUAGGGAAUGUUUGCAGGCAAACAUGCCAAUUUAAAGUCCAGUGUUACAAUAGCUAAAAUGAAUUAUUCUAUAAAUUAUGGCCAGUACUAUGUCUAUCUCCUUCAAAUAUAUUAUAUACUUUUUUCAAUCAGCUUUUAAAAUUAUUUUGUGAUAACAUUUUCUAAUUAUCACCCAACUGAUUAUAUUGUCUAUUGAAAAUACAAAAAGCAUCAAGCCUCUAAUUGUAUCAUAAGGUUUCUGAGAAGAGAACCCAUAGUUAGAUCUCUAAUAUGCUUUUUAGUCUUUAAUAAUAUAGCAUCACUACAACUUACUCCUACAUUCCUAAAUGUUUUAUUUUUAUGAUAUACAUUUUUUAUUUUUAGCCUACUUUGUUGUACAGGCAAUUAUAGAGUUUUUCAAAUGAAUCACACAUUGCACAUUUGUCACAAACUAUCAUUUCAGUGGUCAAAUAGUUUAGUUCCCAGGUAGGCCACCUGCUUUUAGGGGAGGUCAGGAUCCAUUCUUUACAUCUUUUCUUAAAAUAAUAAGGAGGCAGGUCAAAAGUUAGACAAAAUUAUGGGCUAGAAUGGGAUGGGAUGAGAUAUCGGUGUAAGUUUGCUUAGCUUUUUAAGAACGCAGGGCCAGAUACAAUUCACAACAGUAUUAGUUCAGAUGAUUUUUUUUUAAAAAAAACUUUAACAGUUUCCUUGACUGGAAACUGUUGCCUUUCCGUGCACUGAACUGAACAGUUUUUCAGCUGCACUUCUUGGGGUUUAAGUGCUUUAGGUAAAAUUGUUUGUAUGUUGCCUUGACUUCCUAAAGAAAAGAUGUGAUAUAACUGUAACAAAUAAAUACAUACUAAUAAUUGGAGACUCUCCAAUUUUCAGUCACAUCCCGUGAAAAGGCUACAACCUGAAUUAUAAUGAAUAGGGAUGUAACUAAUGAGAAAGAGACAUGUUUAUGGCACCUAUUAAUGGUGGUAGAAUUAAAAGAAUAUGGAGGAAUAUAAUUUAUUUAUUAAAUUUAACAUAACAUAACAUAACAACAGAGUUGGAAGGGACCUUGGAGGCCUUCUAGUCUAGUCCAUUUGUUUGUCAUCCACAACAUAUAGAGCAUUCCAUCCUCAUCACCAUUUCGUAGUGUGAUGUACUAGUACAUUAUUUUCGGAAACAUUUGUUGAUCUAAGGUAAAGACUGGUUUUCUUCCGUAGAAGACUGUUCUGCUGCUGCUGCUUCUCCCCACUCAAAAGCUAAAUGGCAGAUAAUCUGUCAGAAUUGUCCCACUCACACUGAUGGUCCCAGGAUGGUCCCACUCACACUAGGGGAAACACUCUGGACUUGAUUUUUGUCUCUGGACUGUGGUUGAAUGAUCUAGAAUUAGGGGAUUUAGUUAUUCAACCCUUGUCAUGGUCUGAUCAUUCGCUCCUUCGGCUGGACUUUCAAACCACCAACCCACACCGCAGGGAGACGGAACCGACUCAUUGGUUCCGUCCCAGGUGCCUGAUGGACCUGGAGAGGUUUCUGACGGAGCUUGGGCCAUUUCCUGAGGACCUGGCUCACGGCUCGGCUGAAGAACUUGUCGCCGCCUGGGAAAGGGCGGCGGCGGGGGCCUUGGACCGCGUCAUGCCUUUGCGGCCUCUGACCCGGCGCUGAUCUCGACCGGCUCCUUGGUAUUCUGAGGAGCUGAGAGAGAUGAGGUGCCGGAAAAGAUGCCUAGAGAGUGGUUGGAGGACCAGCCAUUCUGAAUCUGAUCGAACACUAGUAAGGUCUCAUAUUCAGACCUACCUAGUGGCGAUAAGAGCGGCGAAACGUGAGUAUUUUUCCGCUCUUAUUGCAUCGGCAGAUAAUCACCCAGCCGCCCUGUUUAGGUUGACCCGCUCCCUUCUUACUCAGGGAGCUAGGGAGGACCCCUUGCAAGGACGUGCUGAGGAUUUUGGACAAUAUCUGCAUGAUAAAGUCGCUCAGGUCCGAUAUGGGCUGGACUCAAACGGUAGAUUCGGGCAGGAUGACGGAGGUGGAUCUUGAGGAUGUCAUCUGGGAGGAGUUCGAUACUGUGGCUCCGGAGGACAUGGACAGGAUAUUGAGGAGGCUGAAUGCAACCACAUGUUUAUCGGACCCGUGUCCCUCCUGGUUGGUACUGGGCGCACAGGAGGUUACACGAGGCUGACUUCAGGGAAUUGUUAAUGCUUCUUUGAGGGGGGGUGUCUUCCCUACUGCCUUGAAAGAGGCGGUGGUGAGACCCCUCCUCAAGAAGCCCUCCCUGGAUCCAGCUGUUUCAGCGAACUAUCGUCCGGUCUCCAACCUUCAUUUUGUGGCGAAGGUUGUUGAGAGUGUGGUGGCGCAUCAGCUCCCUCAGUACCUGGAUGAAACUGUCUAUCUUGACCUGUCCCAGUCCGGUUUCCGGCCUGGAUACAGCACAGAGAUGGCAUUGGUCGCGUUGGUGGAUGAUCUUUGGAGGGCCCGGGACAGGGGUUGUUCCUCUGCCCUGGUCCUAUUAGAUCUCUUAGCGGCUUUUGAUACCAUCGACCAUGGUAUCUUGCUGCGACGGCUGGAGGGGUUAGGAGUGGGGGGCACUGUUUUUCGGUGGUUCUCCUCCUUCCUUUCUGACCGGUCGCAGAUGGUGUUGGCAGGGGGCGCAGAGAUCGGCCACGAGGCGCCUCUUAUGUGAGGUGCCACAGGGGUCGGUUCUCUCACCUCUCCUGUUCAGCAUCUAUAUGAAGCCGCUGGGUGAGAUCAUCCUUGGUUUUGGGGUGCGGUGUCACCUGUACGCUGAUGAUACACAGCUGUACAUUUCCUCCCCUAACCACCCCAACAAAGCCGUUGAAGUGAUGUACCGGUGUCUGGAGGCCGUGCGGAUCUGGAUGGGGAAAAACAGGCUCCGACUCAACCCUUCCAAGACCGAGUGGCUGUGGAUGCCGGCAUCCCGGUACAGUCAGCUGAUUCCAUCGCUGACUGUUUGGGGGCGAGCCAUUGGCCCCCACGGAGAGGGUCCACAAUUUAGGCAUUCUUCUGGAUGCACGGCUGUCAUUAGAAGAGCAUAUGAUGGCCGUCGCCAGGGGAGCUUUUUAUCAGGUUCGCCUGAUACGCCAGUUGCGUCCCUUCUUAGAUCGGGAUUCCCUAUGCACAGUCACUCACGCCCUCGUCACUUCCCGCCUGGACUACUGCAACGCUCUCUACAUGGGGCUCCCACUGGUUCAGAAUGCGGCCACGCGGGUGAUAGAGGGAGCAACUCAAGGCUCCCAUAUAACACCUCUCCUGCGCAGGCUGCACUGAUUUCCGGUGGUCUUCCAGGUGCAAUUCAAGGUGUUGGUUACCACCUUUAAAGCGCUCCAUAGCAUAGGACUGGGUUAUUUACGGGAGCGCCUGUUGCUACCGGUGGCCUCCCAUCGACCAGUGCGCUCCCAUAGGGAGGGUCUCCUCAGGGUGCCAUCGGCCAGACAAUGUCGGCUGGCAACCCCCAGGGGGAGGGCCUUCUCUGUGGGGGGCUCCAGCCCUUUGGAACAAGCUACUUCCAGGGAUACGCCAACUCCCUGACCUCCGGACCUUCCGACGUGAGCUGAAGACGUUUUUGUUCCAUCGCGCAGGACUGGCCUAAUAGUUUUUUAAUGGGGAUUUUUUAUUGGAUUUUUACAGUUCUUAGCCAAAUUUGAAUUAGUCUUUUAAAUUUGUUUUUAAUUUUUGUAUCUGUUGUUUUAUCUGGCUGUAAAUCGCCCUGAGUCCUUUGGGAGAAGGGCGGUAUAGAAAUCAAAAUAAUAAAUAAAUAAAUAAAUAAAUA